AUGACGGAGGUGGACCUGGCGAGGGCGGUGAGCCUCUUCUUCCGCAUCGCGGUGGUCGGGCUGUCGGUGGCGGCCGCCGUCGUGAUGGCCACGGCGAGCCAGGUUUUCCCCUACGGCGAAGUCGGCGUCUCCUACACCAGAUACAGCGCCUUCGUGUACUUCGUGGUGGCCACGGUGGCGUCGGCGGUGUGCUCGGCGGCGGCGCUGUACCUGUCGGUGUUCAAGAGGAACUGGGUGGUGACGCUCCUCGACGUCGUCACCAUGGGGCUCCUCUUCUCGGCCGCCGGCGCGGUGUUCGCCGUGCGGAGGAUGGCGCCGCUGUACCUGGGCGUGGCGGGGGCGAACGUCGACGUCGCCGGGCAGUGGGUGAACGGAGGGUUCUGCCAGUUCGCCGGCGCGUUCUGCUGGAGGGUGACCACGUCGGCGACCAUCUGCGCGUUCGCCGCCGGCGCCGUCUCCGUCGCCGUGCUCACCAAGGACGCGCGAUACCGCGGCGGCAAGCACUGACGUAUACUACGUUACGUACGCACGCCGCCGUACAUACAUACACGUACAUAUACAUAGCUCGCGCCGUAGAUUGAUUCAGUGGAAUUCGAAAGGGAAAAAAAAUAGAGGAUUGCAGAGAAUACAGAAAUUAAAUUAACUUUCUUUGUGCUUAAUUCUGUGACGUGUUUUCGUCGAAACUUUUUUAAUUAUUCGAUUAUAUUGAUCUUGUGUAUACAAAUACAUCGCUUGUAAAAAAAAAGUUCGUCCAAUUUGGAUUGUCAAUCAAUUGGAUAUGAUUGA